UGCUUGCUUGGGAAAUGAGCUAGGAAAGAGACGUGCAGGGCGACGGGUGCACAUUGUGUGAUAUUUUCUUUCUCUAAUUGUGUCAAAUGGGCAACUUUUACCUAUUCAUAAUGUCGAAGUGAAAAUUUUUUGUUGGCACCCAAAGUGCAAAGAAAUUUUAGAUACGUAAAGCACUGCGUUGCUGUAAUCCCGAGCCCGUUUCUACGCAGCACAUAGGAAAGUGAGACUAACUACGGAAGUCACUUGCUCAAAGGUCCAAAGAAUCAGUGAUUCGGCAACAAAAAUGGGUGCAUUAGCUAGCAGGCAGAAUGCAGCCGUGGAAGAGGCAGACGUGAUUGCCAAUCAUCAAUACAAGUAUCCUCCUCGUUCAGGAAAUUACUUUGGUACUCACUUCAUAAUGGGAGGCGAACGUUUCGAUACACCUCAGCCAGAGGCAUAUCUAUUCGGUGAGAAUGCAGAUCUUAACUUUCUUGGCUGUAAACCAACUCCCUUCCCUUAUCCACCUCCGCAAGCGACUGAACCAACAAAAACAUUGAAAAGUUUGAUCAACAUACGCAAAGAAUCCGUACGAUUUGUAAAAGCUUCCGACUGUGCUGCCAAAAUUCAUGGUGAUGGAAGCAAAGCUAGUGCAUACAACAUUGAGUUCGUUUUUGAUGCCGACGCACGAUGUGCUAUCACGGUGUACUAUUUCUGUAUCGAAGACGUUGGGGGCACUGGUGUGAACUAUAUUCCGCGAGAUUCAUCUUUAUCGUCCGAAACAUUCCACUUCAAACGGGGAGUGAAUCAGAUAUUUUCAGCUCCAUCGCAUAUAUUCAGCCCGGCACUCUUUUCCGAGGAUGAUCUUUCGUACAACUCCGAAAAGGAUACAUUCCCAAUAGUCAUACACUGUGUGGUAGAGGAAGGCAACGAGGAUUGUCGUCAAAGUCACACCACCAUCUGUGUGGUGGAUCACCAUACGGAUGGCACUUAUGCACUGCGAGCCCUGAAACAGAAGAUUUUUGUUGACGGUUUAUGUUACUUACUACAGGAGAUCUACGGGAUCGAAAAUAAACUUAUUAACAAAUCGAUUGGUGAUGAAGACACCGAUGAUAAUGGAAGCGAAUGUGUAAUCUGCAUGUGUGACACUAGGGAUACAUUGAUUCUACCCUGCAGGCAUCUGUGCUUGUGCAAUUCGUGCGCUGAUUCAUUACGAUAUCAGGCCAAUAAUUGUCCAAUUUGUCGCGCGCCAUUUCGCGCAUUGCUUCAAAUUCGUGCAGUACAGAAAAACUCCACUGGAACGAAUGUGGCCACGGCUGCAAGCCCUCAGGAUACUACAGAUAACAUACCAUCUGGAUAUAUCCCGGUGUCCUUGAUUGAAGCCCUCAAUGGACCAAUCAGUCUAUCCAAACCGCAAUCUAACGCGGAUGCUACCACAAUGGAGAGCACGAAGGAAAACACUAAUCAGACAACAGAUAAACCGGAGUCUGGUAAAAAUUCUACCAAGGAAGUAGAAACCAACGGCUCUCGCGAGAAACUGAACCAGACAGCGGUCGAUUUCCGAAUGUCGCUGCUAUUGUCAAAAGAGGACGGAACUGUAGCCUGUGUCACAAAAGACCUGCUUACCAAACACUCACCUUUAAUGCAACGGGCUCCAGUGAGCAAGGAUAAGAAUCCUCGCGAGAAAGGAAGCCUUCGAAUCCAACCUAGCCAACAACAGGUCAAAGACGCUGCUGCACUCGACCGUGAAACGAUGCAACUGGUAAACGAAAAGUCUCAACUGCCCAAUCUUACCGAAAUGGAUGACGACAGCGAAGCGGAGAAAUUGUCACCCCUGUUACAGAAAGCAGACGGCGCCGAGCAGAACUGUGAUACGUACGAAAAAAUGCCCAGAAUUUUGCGAAUGGAAGAAGAGGAAACCUUAAACUCGCGAAGUCAAAAAUCGAUCGCUGCACUGGCCUCUGCCGAGGAUUCUGAUUACUAUACCCCGGAGGAUCCGCACACCACAAUUCUUAGUCCAUUGAAAGGCGAAGAAAAAUCAGACAGUACCAUAAAGCUGUCGACACCCUUAACCGUACUAAAAGAAGCUUCACAAGGCUCUCUUCCUGACAGUCCAAUCAGUGGCAACUCACACACAUCUACGCGUAGCUCUGGCGAUAGUUAUUCAUCCAGUUCCAGCACCCGACAAUUGCUCUCGUCAGUAACGGCAAACGACACACCGACCCACGUUACUGUCAAUGUUGAUGCAUCGCCCGAUGGACUUGUAAAGCACGAGAUCAAAAUUGGUACCAACGCAAAAAUUGAUUGUAUCGAUAGCGAUUAGGUUUUGGGUGCAAGCCAGAACAGCACUAUUCGAACAAAAACGCAUUUCUACUAAAAGUAAUAUAAUUGACCGUAUUUGUUACAGCAAGAAUACCCCAUUAACAAGUUUGCAGGUGAAUUCAUUUUAGACAUUUGAGAAUUUCUCCGGCAUCGAUUGGUAUUACGCGUUAGUAAGUGUAUCCACAAACAGCAAACGAUUUAUGUUUAAAUUUUAACGUUAGGUUUUUAUUUUUGAAAUAUCACUGAAACAUUUAUCAAAUAAAUUCGUUUUAACCAAAUCA